AUGAAGAUGGAACUAGUAAAGGAAUUAAAGAUAGGAAAUGGAAACACAAUCAAGGAGAUGGGAAACAGCAGGUUGAGCAUGGUAGCCAGGCCGAACGGCCUCAGGCACUGGAUUCAGGUUCCAGUCUCUGUGGAACCGCUGCCAAAGUUACAGAUGGUUAACCUCACCUUUUGUAUAACAAUGUUCCAAGAUGUUUCACCAGGAGGUUAUAAAGAAACAUUUGAGGACGAACUGCAAAUAGAGAUAUCAGGGCAGAUUAACAAAUGUGUAGUUGAAAAGGGGGAGAGGCCAUUCACCUGCUCAGAGUGUGGGAAGGAAUUUGCUCGGUCAUCCCACCUGAUGAGACACCAGCGAGUUCACAAUGGCAAGAAACAGUGGGAUUGUGGGGACUGUGGGAAAGGAUUCACUCGAUUAUCUCAACUGCUGACUCACCAGCGAGUUCACACUGAUGAGAGACCUUAUAAAUGCCCAGACUGCGGGAAGUGCUAUAAAAGCUCCGGAGAACUGAUGCUCCAUCAACGUGUUCAUACUGAUGAGAGACCGUUCAGGUGCUCUCACUGUGGGACUGGGUUCAGAGAAUUAUCUCAACUCUCUGUGCACCAGCGAGUUCACACUGGGGAGAGGCCAUUUAUCUGCUCCUUGUGUGGGAAGGGAUUCACUCAAUUGUCCCAUAUGCUGAGACAUGAGAGAGUUCACACUGGGGAGAGACCUUAUAAAUGCCCAGACUGUGGGAAGUGCUAUAAAAGUUCUGGGGAACUGAUGUCCCACCAACGAGUUCACACUGACGAGAGACCAUUCAGGUGCUUUCACUGUGGGGCUGGGUUCAUGCUAUCAGCGGAAUUCACUGCACACCAGCGAGUUCACACUGGGGAAUGGCUGUUCACCUGCUCCAAAUAUGGGAAGGGAUUUGCUCAGUCAUCCCAACUGCUGACACACCAGCGAGUUCACACUGGGGAGAGGCCUUUCACCUGCUUUGAAUGUAGGAAGGGAUUCGCUCAGUCAUCCACUUUGGUGUAUCACCAGCGAGUUCACACUGGAGAGAGGCCAUUCACCUGCUCCGAGUGUGGGAAGAGAUUCACUCGUUCCAGUGAACUGAUACAUCAUGAACGUGUUCACACUGAUGAGAGACCGUUCAGGUGUUCUCAAACUGGGACUGGGUUCAGGUGGUCAUCCCAACUCACUGUACACCAGCGAGUUCACACUGGAGAGAGGCCGUUCAGCUGCUCCGAGUGUAAUUUGCUGAUUUUUGAUGGAAAGGGAGACAUUGAGAAGGAGCUAGAAAGUCGAGAAGCCCGCUGCCUGAGCAGAGGUGUCCCUCGCAGGUCCAGCUGUCUCCACUCCUGGAAGGCGAGGAAGGACCAGAAGGGAAAGUUUAUCUUUGUCACUGCCACAUAG